GCAUCGCUUCCUGUGGUGAAGGGAUUUCCGUCAACAACAGAUCAAUUUGAUCAAAACAUCAAUGACGAGCGGAAACGGGUUUUUGGCGAUGUUUUAAGCUCGGUGGGAAGUGUGUAAUAUAUCCAGCCAAAGCUUUCAGUAUUCACAUCUGUUCAAACAAGACUGACACGUGAGGCAGAACGUUCAGGAUGAACUCUCAGGGGGUGCGCCGGGGCAUCAGCGUCCAGCAGUCUGACCUGAUGUGUAAGAGAGGAUGCGGUUUCUACGGUAACGCCGUCUGGCAGGGCCUCUGCUCCAAAUGCUGGCGAGAGGAGAACCAGUGCACCAGAGCCAAGCAGAUAGAGGACGACAGAGCGCUGGCCGAGAGGCUACAGAGAGAAGAGGAAGCGGCGUAUGCCUGCAGCCGUGAGGAGGCGCCUUCACGACCAGAGACCUCCAAAACACACAGCGUGCCCAUGGUGAAGAGGCUUUUCACCUCCGCUCCCAAAACACCUGCAAGGAGAGAUGCAGGAGCUCUAAAGACUGCCGGGAGCCAGAGCACCUCGCUCAGCGCAGAACGUGACCAUGUGACACAGCACUUCAUCGACUUCCUCAAGACCUUCCAGAGGCCUGGAUAUGACAUUUUUAAACAGUGCCAUGCCUUCGCUGAAAAUAUUGCACACAAAAAGGUGGCUGUAGGUGGUGAAGAUUUCUCAGACUCUGUGCAGGAUUUCUAUCAAAACAUGUCUGAAUACCUACAGACCAACUUAAAAGGGUCUCCAGAUGUGAUGGAGACGGUGAUGGAUGAGGUGGAGCGGUAUGUGAUGGGCCGUCUGUAUAAGCAGCUCUUCUGUCCUGACAACACAGAUGAUGAGAAGAAAGACCUGGCCACCCAGAAGAGAAUCAGGGCUUUGCACUGGGUGUCCAUUGCGAUGCUGUGUGCUCCAGUAGACGAGCAGAUCCCUAAAGUGUCAGACAGUGUGGAGAGAGCCAUAACAGACCUGAUUGACUUGGACUCCAAAAGGGUUCCCAAGGAGAAGUUGGCGUGUGUCACCAGGUGUAGUAAACACAUCAUGACGGCCGUCCAGGGCAGUAAGAAAGCUGCCGCCUCAGCAGAUGAUUUUCUGCCCACUCUCGUCUACAUCGUGCUGAAGGCCAAUCCGCCUCGAUUACACUCCAACAUCCAGUACAUCACCCGCUACUGCAACCCCAGCCGCCUCAUGAGCGGAGAGGACGGCUAUUACUUCACUAACCUGUGCUGCGCCGUGGCGUUCAUCGAGAAGCUUGAUGCACAGUCUCUGAACCUGAGUCAUGAAGACUUUGAGCUCUACAUGUCCGGUGCGUCGUCUCCGCCGGGUCCCAAGGACGCUUCAUCCGGCCACAGCUCACAGAACGGCUUCAGAGGGCAGAACCACGCGGCAGAACCACAGCUGGAGGAGACGCGGCCUCUGGAAACAGACCUCAUCGAAUGGAGCGACGGCCAGGAGCUCUCAGUGCUGGGCAUGUUGGAAGGGCCUCCUGUAAGGACACACACCUCCACCACCUUCACUAUUGACUCGGACAACAUAGGCGGCGACAGCCUGCCUCCUCCAUUACAGCCGCAGAAGUUCGCUGGAUAGCUCCCAUCUUAACUGGGCACAGACUGACAACAUCUGAUUCUCCCCGCAGUCCUUCUGUCUGCAGGUUAGUGAUGGUCUCUGUACCUGUAAUGGGACUGAAUACACUCACACUUCGGUUCUUUAUAGGGUGACCAGCAGUUAUAGGUUUAUAUUUUACUCCAAAAUGAAAACAAAUAAUAUGAAGAGAAUUCGAAGUCUAGUUUUAGGACCAUUAAGAUUUUUCGCGGUACUGUGAAAAAAGCAAACAAACAAUACUUGAUAUUAUAAAGUAUUUAUAUGUCAUGGUGGUAUUGGCUGUGCUGCAUUUCAUUUGUGUAAAUUAGUGCUGUCAAAUGAUUAAUCACGACUAUUUGCAUCCAAAAAUAAAAGUUUUAUUUUACAUAAUAUAUGUGUGUGUACUGUGUAUAUUAAUUAUGUAUAUAUAAAUACACAUGCAUGUAUAUAUUUAUAUUAUAUAAAAAUAUAUGUAAUAUAUAAACAUAAAAUUUUUCUGAAAUAUAUACAUGCAUGUGUUUGUAUUUAUAUCUACAUCAUAAAUAUACAGAGUACACAAACAUAUAUUAUGUAAACAAAAACUUUUAUUUUGGAUUAAUCAUUUGACAGCACUAGUGUAAAUAUAAAUGUUAAAAAUUGUAUUGCAUUACUGAGAAUCCAGUGAGAAUCACUACUGAGAAUGAGAAAUGUUUUAUGCUGUUCUGAAAAUAAUGUUACAAUGCCAAAAAAAAAAGAAAAAGAAAAAAUUGUCAUUAGUCUAAAGAAAUAAGCAUAAUUUAUUAAAUCUAUUGGUUUUGGGGUGAAAUAUGGCCUGGGAAUGUUUUCAUGAGAUUCACUGUGAUGUAAUAAUAGAGAUUCUCUUCUUGACCUCCUUUCAAAAUGUUCCGUUCAUUUGGACAAGAAGAGUGUGAGUUUAGACAGAUGGUGGGUAUUAAUUAUAAAUUGUUUAAAUUUAUUGUUUCUUGCACUGAUUUUAUUGCUUUAUGCAACUCACUGUAAUAUGAGAAUACAUAAUUUAUUAGUACAUAUAAUUUAUUUCAGUUUUUCCUCAAGUUUGGAAUUUAAGUUCCUUAAGUUUUCUGGCCAUUAUUAUUGGCGUUAGUAGUUCUUUGAAUUGAGAAUUACAACUAAGGACAGCACUGGUGUGGGUUAGAUUUCUAUUGCUGCCCUAUUAAUAGUAUAGUUGAGUCACUCAGAAUCCGGUGUGGAGUGACCUUGACUGUGGUCAUUGUUAUGCUAGGAUUUGUUAAGGCAUGCUGUGAUGAACAGUAGUUAUGUUACAGACGAGCUUCAGUCCCAGGUGUGGUUUAAUGCACAUCAGUGCAUUAGUAAACAAGAAUUCACUCAGUAUGACAAAUUCAUCUUUAACAUAGUACUAUUUAAAAACUUAUCACAUAUUUAUUUUCUGCAUAUUUAUAUUGAAGAAAUGCUGUUACAGUAUGAAAGAAAAACUGAUUUGAUGAUUUAGUGAGUUAAUUAUUUUAAAUAUACUUUCUGACUUUUUGUCCUAUGAAAAAUAUUACUUAUGCAUGCAAAGUUACAAUUUUGCUGUGGUAUCCCAUUAUGAACAGUUUGUAACCUCACUUAGUUAUCUAAAUGAUCUGGGUAUGAAGCCAGAAAUAUGCUAUUUAAACAAUUAUAAAUAAAAUAAUCUACUGAAGGAAUAGAAAACACUGGUGUUUAAUUUGUUUCCUCCAAAUAUUAAAAUGAGUUUUGGUAAAAAAGGCACAAAAAAUAAAUUGAAAUGAAACAAAGCAAAUUUAGAAAUUUAAAAAAACACAGAAAGAGCACCAUUUCUCCCAAACCUCAUUU